AUGAAUCAUGAUACACAAAAUGAGAAAAAUGAUAUUGUAAUGUUAGAUUACAAUACAUCUUUAAGUCAAUCAACUAAAUUCAAGUCAAAGAAACCAAUUAGAUUAUUGCGGUCAAAUAAAACUUACGAUGUAAAUGGAAAUCAAACGAAACAAGAAAUAAAAAACAACACAAAAUCAGUUAGUCUUAAACAACUUUUUCGUUUUGCUAAGAAAAUCGAUGUGUUUUAUAUGAUAAUGGCGACUUUUGCUGCUAUCUGUCAUGGAGCCGCAUUACCCUUGCUAUUACUUAUUUUUGGAAAUCUUGUUGAUAUAUUUACAGAUAGUUCAUUCAAUUUAUGUGAAUUUGAUUUGACGGAAAUUUCGAUAGCUUAUUGUCCACCAGGAAUAAUCCUAACCUCAACUACUUUUAUGUCACUUUACAAACUAUGCAAUUUUACUGGUUCUAAUUUUACUGUACCAGACAUUGAUCUUCCUGGUCAAGUUCGAAAACAGGCGUUAAUUUUAGUGGGAAUCGGUUGUGGGGCAAUCGUAUUUGCAUAUAUUCAAGUAUCAUUCUGGUGUGUUUCAGCCGAGCGACAAACACGUGCAAUAAGAGAAGCAGUUUUUCGUUCAAUUAUGAAUAAGGAAAUACUUUAUUUUGAUAUGCAUAAAACAGGAGAAUUAAAUACCAGAUUAACCGAAGAUAUCAAUAAAAUACAUGACGGCAUCGGUGACAAAAUAGGUUCUGCCUGUCAAUUUUUGUCGGCUUUUUUGACUGGUCUUAUUUUGGGUUUUAUAAAGGGUUGGAAACUCACGUUAGUGGUCUUGUCGGUGUCACCACUAAUGUUUAUUGCAGCGUUAACAUUUUCCAAACUUACAGCUAGUAUGACUGCGAGUGAAUUAAGAGCCUAUGGGAAAGCUGGUGCGGUUGCUGAAGAAGUAUUUAGUUCAAUUCGAACUGUUUUCAGCUAUAACGGUGCUGAACAUGAACAAGCCAGAUAUGAACGACAUUUAAAUUCAGCUAGAGAUUUUGGUAUAAAGAAGGGAGCUUUCAAUGGAUUAACCAUGGGAUUUUUAUGGUUUGUCAUAUUCUGUGCGUACGCAUUAGGUUUUUGGUAUGGGGCAAAAUUAAUUCGAGAGGAUGGCUUUAAAAUUGGCGCUGUGUUAAUAGUAUUUUUUUCAAUACUCAUCGCCGUAUUUAGUCUUGGUCAAGGUGCACCACAUCUUCAAUCUCUAGCACAAGCAAGAGGAGCAGCUGAAUAUGUUUGGAAAAUAAUUGAUACACCAUCAAAAAUCAUAAGUAAUUCUGAGAGUGGUCUUAAAACUCCAGAUCUAACCGGUGUUAUAAAAUUUUCAAAAGUCGAUUUUAUAUAUCCUUCAAGACCAGAUACUCGCAUCUUAAAUGGUUUAUCGUUUGAUGCAAAAAGUGGGCAAACAGUUGCAUUAGUCGGAAGUUCCGGUUGUGGAAAAAGCACUUGUAUUCAAUUACUACAACGAUUUUAUGAUCCGAUUGCGGGCUCUGUUUCAAUUGACGGUCAUCCUGUUAGUGAAUACAAUCUUCGUUGGCUAAGACAACACAUUGGAGUUGUUAGUCAAGAACCAAUUUUGUUUGCUGCAACGAUUAAAGAAAAUAUUAAAUAUGGAAAAGACAAUGUGACGGAUAGUGAUAUUGAAGACGCAGCAAAAAAAGCAAAUGCACACGAUUUUAUCAUGACAUUACCAGAUCGAUAUGAAACAAUGGUAGGAGAAAGAGGUGCUCAACUAUCCGGUGGACAGAAACAAAGAAUUGCGAUAGCCAGAGCAUUAAUAAGGAAUCCAAAAAUUCUAUUACUCGAUGAAGCAUUGAUUAGUUCAUAUAUUACGUGA